GGCAUGAAUGAUCUGGUUACACCAUUUUUUUUGGUAUUUCUCCAAGAAGCAAUUCCAGUUUCAGAAUGGCAGGAUAUCGAAAAUUAUGAUGUUGCGUCUUUGUCAAAACGACAGCGUAAUAUUAUAGAAGCGGAUAGUUUUUGGUGUUUAUCAAAAUUUCUUGACGGAAUUCAAGAUAAUUAUAUUUUUGCUCAACUAGGUAUUCAGCACAAAGUGAACCAGUUAAAAGAACUUAUUCAACGAAUCGAUGCACCUCUUCACCAACACUUACAACAUCACGGUAUUGACUACCUGCAAUUUUCAUUUCGUUGGAUGAAUAAUUUACUUACGAGAGAAAUUCCAUUACACUGUACUAUACGACUAUGGGAUACAUAUUUAGCGGAAUCAGAUCAUUUUGCAUCCUUUCAAUUGUACGUUUGUGCAGCCUUUCUCCUGCGAUGGCGAAGACAUUUAAUUCUUCAACCUGAUUUUCAAGGUUUGAUGUUGAUGCUGCAAAACCUUCCUACCCAAAACUGGUCGGACUCAGAAAUCAAUAUUUUAGUUGCUGAAGCUUAUAAGCUGAAAUUUACAUAUGCCGAUGCACCAAACCAUUUACAGGCACAUGAUGCUAGGUGACCGUGCUUAUUCAACGACUGACGACAUUGCUAAAAACUCUCUAUGUGUCUUUUUUUAAAGUUGCCAAAUAUAUAACAUAGUUAUAAAACCAUUUAAAAAUGAAAGAUGACAAGAAUAAAACUCUGUAUAAAUA